UGAAACACGGAUGUUCCCUUUUUUAUUUAUUAACUGUGUGCAAGCAUUGGUUCUAUGUACCAAUUUCAGUGGUGCUAUCGAUAAAAUACAAAUAUAGAAAGCGAUUUUUAAUUCAUGCAAUAAGUUUUGUAGGUUCGUAACUAUGAAUUAUUUAAAACUUUUCAUUUUGGUGGUUUUACUGGCGACUGUUACUGCAAAGAAAGCGAGAAGAAAGAAAAGAAUUGACAUAGAAAUUGUAUCGAAAAAUUCGACUUCAUUUGUUGCUCGUUUUCCACAAUACAAGAGGGUUAAGGCAUUCUUCGUGAGCAUCUCUGUAAAGUUUCUGGCAGACGCACCCUCUGACUACGUAGCUGACUUUGUGAAAUCGGAUAUGGAAGAAGGAGGAUAUUACGAAAUCAAUGCUGCGAAUUCUUUGCAACCCGGAAGUCUUUAUGAAUUGGUUAUUUAUAACAAGAAAAAGUUUUCAGCCCUCCGUUCUAUGGACUUCUAUACCGACUGCGAUGCAUAUUCGUUCCAAUGCAUGAAUGGAAGAGGAAAAGGAGCGUAUCAAGCUUGCCUUGAAAAAACAUCUUUGUGUGAUGGGACCGCUGAUUGCAGAAAAGGAGAAGACGAAGUAAAAAAUGAGGACGGUCAUGUGCCGUCUCUGUGCCUGACAGGCCAACUAUUCCUCCUCCAUCCCCACCGGGCUGAUGCACCUUGUAUACUAGCACAUGAAAAAGCUAUUCGCGAGUCUACUACACCUCUUCCAGAAUGUGAUGAGAAUGGCCUGUUUAGUGCCAUGAAAUGUGAGGAUGAAGGACUAUUUACUUGUUACUGCCUUCACCCGGAAACAGGAGAAAUACUGGCCACCCAACCCGAUUUUAGUCCUUUUGUUCAUUGGGAUUUUAGUGACAAUUGUCAGAAACUAAGAGAAGAAGCUCCAAAGGACAAGACGGCAUAAUUGUGAGAAAUCUAUGGAGAUGAUAUUGAACAGGCAUUUAUAUUUCAUAGUCAUAUGCGUAUGCCUCCGUGCAGGGGAGGCUAUUUCUGUCUGACAAAUGUAUCUUUUCUUUUUUUCUGUAUGACAAAAAUGUUUUGAGUGCUUCGUCAGCUUAAUACAAGAAAUGUGUAAAUAAAUGAGUCAUUG